AUGGCUAUAGAUCAAGAAAAAAUUAGUAGUAAUAAAAAAUCAUUAAAAAAAAAUGAUAAUGAUAAUGAGGAGAGUGAAAAAGAACAAAAAGACAAUGAACAGAAAUUAAAAGAAAAUGGCAAAAAAGAUAAAGUUUUAACGGCACAAGAGGAGUAUAUUAAAACAAGAAAAACUAUUUAUGAAAAAUUAAGACUUGGUGAAUUAGGUUGGAGACUUCAUGAAAAUUGUCAAUAUUCAAAAAGUAAACUUAGAAAAUUAUUUUAUGCUGGUGAUGAUAAUGCUGUUGACUACAAAUUUUGCCUCGAAUUCAGUGGUUCUGAUCCAUGGGCUGUAUUUGAAGAUGGAACAGAGACUAACUUUAAGAUUAAUGAUAUUUAA